AUUUGCAAGAAUCAAGACAAAAAGACUCUUGAGAAAGCAAACUUCAACCCCAAAAUAUCAAGUAGCCAACCACACACACCAUUUUUGAACGCCAACUACGAUCCUUGUUCAAAACCAGUAACCCUAAAAAUCCUUGCGCUUAUUCUGAAAUCAAAGCCCAUAGUAGCGUUCUUAUUCUUUCUUGCGGAAAGAGCAACCGGAGGAUGUCUGUUCUGGCAGCAAAUUCUCACAUUUUCUGCAGAGAAGUUCAUAACAGAGAGCAUCAACAACAGUUUGGAAGCGCUGCAGGCGGCAGCUUUGUUUUGCCGAAAUCAUCUGGGUUUGGUUUUUCACAUAGAAACGGAGAUAGCAAGAAGCUACUGAGAAGAGACUUGAAGGUAGAGGCAUUUUCGCCAGAUUCAAGUCCCACUCUUGUAGUCAUGGAAUCAAUAAACGACUCUGAUCACCUUGAUCAUUUAUUAAAUCAUGCUCAAGAGCUCUCCCAGCCCGUUGUCAUUGAUUGGAUGGCAGCGUGGUGUCGUAAAUGCAUCUAUCUGAAGCCAAAAUUGGAGAAAUUGGCUGCUGAAUAUGAUACCAAGGUGAAAUUCUAUUACGUAGAUGUCAACAAGGUGCCUCAAACUCUAGUGAAACGUGGGAACAUCUCUAAAAUGCCAACCAUUCAGGUAUGGAAAGAUGGGGAGUUUAAAGAAGAAGUGAUUGGAGGUCAUAAAGCAUGGCUUGUGAUCGAAGAAGUGCGAGAAAUGAUCAAAAAAUAUGUCUGAGAUUUUGUUCCGAACUUCCUCUUUCCUUCCUGCUCUAGUGAUCUGUUAUCGAAGAAGUGCGAGAAAUGAUCAAAAAAUAUGUCUGAGAUUUUGUUCCGAACUUCCUCUUUCCUCCUGCUCUAGUGAUCUGUUUUUAAUUUUUCUUUCUCUGGUCAUUCUUCUAUUCUUAAUCAUUUUUCCAUAUACUAUAUAUAGAGACAACAUGUACAGUAAAAAUUCCUUCUAUAUAUUUUUAUCUUCACUGUACAACGCGUUACGCGUCUGCAAGGACAAACUCAAGUGUGUUCUCAACUUGAGACUGUCUUAUUUCCU